AAAAAAAACGUAAUUUAAGCAAGCAACAAUUUAUUUAAGUUUGGUUUAUAUUUUUUAAGAAAUGGAAACCCCCAAAAUCAAUUGGAAAACCAAAACCUUUGCGUUGAUACUGUUAAAAAAAAUAUAGGGUGAAAGUCAUAAUCAUAAUUAUACUUCACAUUAAUAACAGAAGAGCUAAUUUGCCGUUUUCGAUUUUGUAAAAUUAGACCAAACCGAGAUCUUAACUAUGAUAUUCCCCUCAUUUUGUUUUUACUUAUUUGCAAAUUUUCAUAUUACUCUAAUUUUAUCUUCAUUCGUUCCAUGAUCAAGAGCUAAGGGUAUAUUAAUAGAGAAUUAAGGGUUGUCAAAGAUUAGGGUUUGCAAAAUGUUGAACUUGCGCCGAGUAGCAGCAGGUGGCCUUCAUCUGUGGAAGAGAGAGAUGAAGAUCGGUAUGCCCACGAGAAUGGCUGCUUCGUUUUCGACAGGCGAGGGAGAAGGUUGAUGUUUUGGAGAAGCUGCAAUCUUUUACCACUGAGAGCAUAUAUUACAUGGUGAGUGAGGAGAAGAAGAAGGGUGUUUCCGUCACCAAGGCCGGUUUCUUCACCUGCGCCAAGCGUCUUGAAGAGGACGGCAAAUCCGAAUACGCCCUCAAGAUCUUUGAGUGGAUGGAUAAAAAGGAGAUGAAAUUUUCUCCCUCCCAGCUUGCAUUAUAUGUGGAUCUUGUUGGUAAGAUUAAAGGCUACGGUUGUGCUAGAGAAUGCUUCGAGAAAGCAGACCCAGACUUCGACAAGAACGACCUUCUUGCCAGGAAUCGGCAUGCUUUCGCCAUUCUCUUGCAUUGGAUGCCAAAACAAUCCAAUCGAAGGCCCUUACCCAAACCAAGGCCAUUACCCAAACCAUGGCACGUACCCAGUCCAAGGCCAUUACCCAUUAUUGUAAGGCCAUCUGGAAGAAUAAUUUAUGAGAGAAUAAUUUAUGAAGGAACAAGUUAUAGAAGAAGAAUGGUGUAGGUAGCUAGACAUAGUUCUCUCCAAAGAAGUUGCGUUAAAACAAAACACUUGGUGGUGUGUGUGUGUUUUAGUGGAAUAACUAUCUAAGUUUGGUGUGUUGCUUUCAUAUGUACUACUAUACUCUUUGUUUGCUUCUUUUAUUUAUUUCUCUUGUCCAAAACAUUUUCUUCAUGUAUUGCUUCUGCUCUAAGCUUCCGAAUUCAUCUUUUGGAAUUUUUA